AAGGCGGAAGCGCGGCGCUCAGUCCCAGGGUGCACCGCGGGAAGAUGGCGGGUGUGCUAGAAAAGAGUUACAUAGAGAUCUGCGGCUUCGAAAGAGAGUCUGUUUUACGAUUCAGACAGAUCACACUGAAUCUGGGUGUUGGACUUCACUUCGGCGGUGUGAAGUAUGCAGACAGUGCAGGGGGAUUCUCAUAUGAGGACAGCGGGAAGCUCCUCUCAGUCACCAGCAACAGAUUCAUCCACUGGUCCACCUCAGGUGACACGGUUCAGUUUGUCGAGCAGUCGCUGGACACUAAUCUUCUGAAUAAUGCUGUUCGUCUGCAUAUCCCAAACUGCCUCUUGCUGCCCGGAGGAGUUUGCAUACAAGAGACCCUUAACAACAUCAUUAUUCUGAUCGUCACCAGCCAGUCGGUUCAUCGCCUGGUGCUGCCGCACCCCACCCGCAUGUACCGCAGUGAUUUUGUCACUGAACUCCAGAUGCAGUCCAUUUUCACAGACAUUGGGAAGCUGAAUUUAAGCGAACCAGCCCACAGUUACGUGCUCCCAUUUGCACAAGCAGCGCCAGCGUGCGCUCCGUCCACGUCAGCCACCUGGAUCAGUCAUCAGGGGGAGGCAGUGUUCGCCCUCGCCUCGCCCUCAGGCGGCAUUACUGCAGUCACGUUGCCUGCUCAUGAUCAAGAUGGGACCGUGUCCAUUCAGGAGUUGAAACAGAGUUCAAUGAUGCAGCGGUUGGCCGGCUGGAUGCCCACAGCCAUCAGGGGAGAUCAGAGCAUUCCUGACCUGGCCAUCAGUCUGGCUGUCCACCAGCUAGAAGAUGACACUUUCAUUUUUACACUGUGUCAGGAUCAUAAGCUGCGCAUGUGGUCGUUUAAGCAUCAGAUGUGUCUGUUGGUGACUGAUAUGUUGGAGUAUAUGCCCGCCGGUCGUGGGGAGGUGAAGGCUUCUCCAGCACUGGCUCAUAAGCUCCGUCUCUUCUUCUCCUCAUCCACCGGCCUGUGUCUGGCCAUCUACCUCGCAGUGCCCAAACGCAGUCAGUUCUGUGUGCUGCAGCUGGUGGCCAGUGAGAACAAUCGCUACAGCCUGGAUCACAUCUCAACACUGUUCACAACACAGGAGACGCUAGUGGAUUUUGUCUUGACGGCGAGUGAUAUUUGGGCUGUUUGGCUGGAUAAUGACGACCAGACUGUGGUGAAGUACAUCAGUUUUGAGCACAGCACCACAGGUAUGUGGAACCAGGUGUUUGUCCAGCCGUCACCCGAGGAGGAAGUUCACGUUGGUGAAGACCAAGACCCACGGGAAAUAUAUCUGGAUGUACUUUUUUCACCUCUACAUUUCACAGCCUCAGCCAUCAUUAAAGCUUUACAGAUUUACAAGCGAGGUACAGAGCGAUAUUCUGACUUGUCGUGGGAGGAGCUGAAGAAAGAGGUUACGGUCACAGUGGAAAAUGAGCUUCAGGGCAGCGUGACCGAGUACGAGUUCUGUCAGGAGGACUACCGUCUGCUGCAGGUGGAGUUCUGGUCCAAGUUUUACGCCUGCUGCCUGCAGUACCAGGAUGUGCUGUCCACGCCACUCGCCCUGCACAUCAGCCCUGCCACAGCCAUGGUCUGCGUCCUCAGGAAGGGCUUUGUGUCUUUCCUGUUACCCUGCUUUGCUGUCGACCAUCUUUACCUGUCCUCGGAUGAAUACCUGUUUUCUGAAGAGGAGACUCCAAUUGCUGAGGAUUCGAAUUUAAGCCGUGAUGUCCUGCAGCUCGUUCAGUGUCUCCGCAUGGUGAGCGAGUCUCUUCCAGAGGACAUGGCCUAUGAGAUGGACAAAGCCCUUGAGGACCUGCUGUCUCCAGAGAAAGUGUCGGAAAAAGUACUGGAGGGUCUUCUGGCCAGUGACAAUGGGAAUGUGAUUCAGGACAUUUUAAACAAACUGCAAGACAUCAGUAACCCCACUGUUGCAAUAAACACGCUGCUGAGAGAACUGGACCUGGAGGCUGAUGCAGAGACCGACACCAGACCCACUGGUCAGUCUCUGAGAGUGCGCAUUAGCCUCUCCCAGCUCUACGGCAGCAGUGUGGCCGCUAGUCUGAUCUGUCAAGCUGUGUGUCAGACCGCUAUGACACGAACUCUGCUCUGCAGAGACCUGCUCAUCCUGCAGCAGCUGUACCUGCGAAACGGAGAUAAUGUGUUUGUUGCAGGCGGUGCUCAGUUACUGCAGCUGCAGCAGGACUUGAUUCCUCGAUGCUCUAGUCUGCUGUGCUCAUAUCACCUGCUCAAACAGAUGAGCCUGACGCUGUCCUCAUCCGUUCCACUUGACAUAUUAAAUGCUGAUCUUCAGCACCUGUCUGUUUUGGAGCUGUCCGACUCCUCAACUCCUACAUCCAGUAGAUCAGUGUUGAAUCCUCAAACUGUGGUGGAGUUGUUCUACCAGAAUGUGGCCCGUAAAGCCAUCAUGUCUCAGAUCCUCUCCCAGCAGGAUGUGGAGGGCAGUCAGGCCAUGUUGCACUGGCCACAAAUGAUCUCCAGUGUCCUGACACUACUCUGCCAGUUUCUCUGGCCCAGCAAUGCCAGUUUCCUCUUUCCUGAAUGCCUGAUGGUAAACUGCCAGUAUGCACAGCUGCAGGAAUAUGUUCGGUUAGUUGGGCCCUGGUGCCAGGUGAAUGUGGGAUCCUAUCGUUUUGUUUUGGGUCAUUGCUAUCUGGCCAGCGGUGAGGGCCAGAAGGCAUUGCAGUGUUUCCAGGAAGCAGCCGCUGAGGUGGAUAAAGAAGAGUUUUUAAUGAAACUCACAGGUUCAGAUGAAGAGGCAGCCACCUCAACUGCCCCACGAUUACUUUAUUACAACAAGGUUUUGCGGUUAUUGGAGGAUAUUGGUUUGCCAGAGCUUGUGAUUAAUUUGGCAACUUUGGCCAUAUCUGAAGCUGCCAAUGAUGAGAGAAGCCAGGCUGCUCUGUGGACUCGUAUAUUCAAGCAUCAUUUGGAUCUUGGACACAACAGUCAGGCAUACGAGGCCCUGACGCAGAACCCUGAUUCUAGCAGGCAGCUGGACUGUCUCCGACAGCUGGUGGUGGUUCUGUGUGAGCGCGCUCAACUCCGGGAUCUCGUCCAGUUCUCGUUUGUUAAUUUACAUGAUGAGGUAGGUCAGAAUACUCUUUCCGGUACAGUGAUGUUUGAGUACGGUAUGCGUCUGGGCCGUGAGGUGCGAACUCUGCGCGGUCUCCAGAAGCAGGUGAACUGUUAUCUAGCUGCCCUCAACUGCCUGCGUCUCGUUCAUCCGGACUACGCCUGGAUUGUGCAGCCUUCGUCUGGAGCAGCGUAUGAGCGACCAGGCACAUCACCGAAAAGGAACUAUGAUGGAGAAUUUGCUGCAAAUCCAGUAAGUCAACAGAUCGACAUUCUUGAGCUGAAAGACUUGGAGAAAGAGUAUGCUCUUGCUCGGAGUCGACUGACAUUGGCUCAGCAGGACCCCUCCUCAGCCGCCAUCGCAGGAGGUGCAUCUUCACAAGAGAUGGUGGCUCUGCUGGUGCAAACAGGACUUUUUGACACAGCCUUGACACUAUGUCAGACCUUUAACUUAUCCCUCACACCCGUCUUUGAAGGACUGACCUUCAAGUGUAUCAAACUGCAGUAUAAAGGCGAUCAGGACCAGACGGAGGUGUGGAACUGGCUUGCAGCUAAUCAGUUGCCAACUGUUAUUACUACUAAAGAGUCCAGCGCGACAGAUGAAGCUUGGCGGCUGUUAGCUCAUUAUUUGGAGAAAUAUCCCUUACAGAACGCUCAAUAUCAUCGCUGUGUCAUCAACAAGCUGCUGUCACAUGGGGUGCCAGUGCCUGAUUGGCUGCUCAGUUCCUACAAGGAAAUUGAUGCUGCAUCACUGUUGCGUCUCUAUCUGAACUUUGAUCAGCUGGAGUCCGCAGCUGAGCUCGUGCUGGAGUAUGUGGAUGCUCUGCUUGGAAAGGGACAUCAGUAUUUUGGUAUAGAGCGGCCGCUCUCAGCUACAGCAUCCCUGGUAUGGCUGCCUUAUACAUCGAUCGAUCAGCUCUUAAGAAACCUCAGUGAAAGUCAGAUCAAUGAAAAGAUGUACAAGAAUCUGAAAGAUAAGCUAGUGGAGUAUCACCGGCUGGUGGAUCAGAGCAGCAGAAACAGACUCAUGGCCCGUUAACAGCCACUCAAAACUGCACUACGGACAUGUACUUAGUAUGAAUAAUGUUGCUGAAAAUGAUGUUUGUUGGUGGGGUGUAGUUGCGCUGAGCUGUUUGAUGCCCCAUGCUGAAAAUGUAUGGAAACGUAUCAACAUCUGCAUCAAUGAUUUAAUAAUGUGUCAGAGUUCAACCUCUUAAAUAGAAAAAUGUGUAUUUUUAUAUAGACACUGUGUAAAACAUCUUAAAUUUUGUAUGUUGUACUCUUGGCUUAAUUGGUGUAAUUUAAAUAAGGAAUGCAAUAAAACUGUUUUGU